AUGAGAGAAGAUGUUGGCAGAUAUGAUAUUGAGGAGAUACCAUAUCCUGGAUCUUCGAGAAUGGCUUUAAAGCGGAGUCAUCAGUGGCUGACAGAACCGUCCGGCUCAGAACUGUUCAGUAAUAAGAGACAGCUGGUUGAGAUUGAUGCACAUUCUACCUUACCUGCGUGGGACAAUUCACUUGUCUCGAGACAGUUAAAUGAUUGCUUGUUCGAUCCUGCCAAUGCACACUCAUCAAGUCUCCUUGCAAGAUGUGUUUCUCCUAUAAACGGUCAACAUAUUGAAGAGGGAAGAAAAUAUAGAGAGGAGCAAUGCGGUAAUGUUUCGUCAAUUGGUUGGCCAGUGUUUGAUACCCUUCAUGGUAGCUCAUUUGAUCUUGACACCAUUAGAAAAGUCAAACUCAAUCAAGUGUCUGACUCUACCAACAUGCCUGCAUCCAUGGUUCAGCUUUAUGGCGAGGGAAUUUCAACAUCAUUUGAAACUGGUCCUAGCGGUCAAGAUAACCAGCUAUCCUUUGGACAGCACAGCAGUAAUAUUGACGAGAGCUUCCGCUUGCCAGGGCCAUUCAGUUAUGAAGGUGUUGAUGGUGUCAUACCAAUGGGUGGUAUUUAUGAAAAAGGAGAUGGAAGUGUCUUCUCAACAUGUCUCCCAUUUGAGAAAGGAGUAGAAAACUUUGCACUGAUGGGCCAGUCUCUUCAAAAGGCUGAUUGUAAUGUCUUCUCAAUGAGUCCAUCCUAUAACAAGGAACAAGAUAACUUCAUGGCUCUUCUCCCUUGUGACAAAGUACCUGAAAACCAUUUCAUGGCCGAAUCAAACUAUCACAAAGAAAAUGCCAAUGUGUUGUCAGGCGGUGAGGUGACAUUGAUGGUUCCUAGCCAAGGAAGAGCAGACGAAAACAACGAUCGUAUUAGUUACGAGGAUAGAAGCAAGAUUAUAUCUUUUGGAGAUUAUCAGCAAGAAACCACAAUGGGUUCCUCAGUCAGUGUUAGUAACAGUUAUGAGAACUUCAGUCAUGCCUCAACACCUGCUAGAGAUCCUCCUCAUAUGGAAGCAGAGGAAAACGUGUCUUUUGGAUUUAGGAAUCCCCUCUACGGUAGCCCUAGAGUUGAUACCUCGCUCAUGCCCAAAAGUAAAGAUUCAAAGACAGCUAAGAAGGGUUCUACAAACACAUUUCCUUCAAAUGUUAAGGCCUUGCUGUCAACAGGAAUGUUUGAUGGGGUUACUGUGAAGUACUAUUCGUGGUCACGUGAGAAAAAUCUCAAAGGAAUUAUAAAAGGGACUGGGUAUCUCUGUGGUUGCGCCAACUGUAACCUUAAUAAAGUUCUUAAUGCGUAUGAAUUCGAGCGGCAUGCUAAUUGCAAGACAAAGCACCCAAACAACCACAUAUACUUUGAGAAUGGGAAGACCAUUUAUGGCGUUGUUCAAGAGCUGAAGAAUACACCUCAGGAGAAGCUGUUAGACGCUAUUCAGAAUGUAACAGGAUCUGAUAUCAACCAUAAAAAUUUCAACACCUGGAAAGCCUCAUAUCAAGUUGCCAGCAUUGAACUUAAGCGGAUCUAUGGGAAGGAUGCUGUCACUUUGGCAUCUUGA